UUGUAAAUCACAAUAUUUUGAUGAUAUUCUUAGAGAAUUUUUUGCAUAUAAACCGUGUCUUUUGUGAUACAAAUUUGAUGUGCCGGCCUAAAUAAUGACUAAUAUUCACUGUUCUCUCACUUCCCUACGUUUUAAUUCACGUUAACACCAAUUAAUCCAUUCUGUUUUAUUUUUUUCGUUUAAUCAGCUGUUUACCAAACAGGUGCUCGUAUUUAUUCGACCUAGUCGACCACCACUUAUGUGACUCACGCGUUUACAGAUGGAAUUCCUUUCGCGUUUUCUCGAGUUAUAAGAAAUGGCAGUUUUGCUCGAGAACAUAACAAAUUGUGUAUGGCUGGCAUUUGCGGCUCUGCACCAGGAAACCCCCGGCUUUGUCAACAAAAGUAAACUAAAGGUUUUGACAGCCAAUAUAGGCACAUUACUGGACUUGUACGGGGUUGAAAAGGGCUUGGAACACUUCAGAAGCACCCAAACAUUAAACUUCAACCAGUUUAAGUAUUACCUGCAAAAUGAGGUGUUCGCUUCGCUCCCAAACAAGGCACCGCCUUCGGAACUGCAGCGAUACGAAAACAAAAUAGCCGAGGUUUGCUGGCUGGUGUGCAGAAAAAAAUACCUGUGCCGCAAGAACGGCAUUUUCAACGACGACGGCAUCUUCAAGAUAUUCCGAAUUUUCUGCGUGCUAGCCGAGCUGGCAGCCGACACGCACAACGAGAAUUUUUAUCAGGUUCUGCUCCACCCCAGCGAGGUGUUCCAGAUCGCGCAAACCUUAGCCAACUCCUUAGGUUGCACGUUCGAUGACGACGACUUUACAAGUUUGAGUGUGUCCAUGGGGAGCUUUAGGCUGACGCCUUUCAUAGCCGUCUUGGAGUCGCGCUGCCUCGACGGCGUCAAAGACCACGUUGCUAUAAACGAGGCGGUAACAGACUUGUAUCAAACCAUCGUCGAGGAUGUCAUAAAGAAAGGCUUCAUGACCAAAAAAGGGUACAUAUUCCCGACAAUGCGCGAAUACUGGUUCGUUUUAACACCAACAGAACUCACCUACUACAAAACGCGUUCAGAAAAGGAAAAAUGCGGCGUACUCCCCAUAGAACCAAACAGCAAACUCGCAGCUAAAGCAGGUUUCAAAAUAUCCCUCCAAACAUCGGAUCGCAUUUACGAGCUCGGAACAUCCGAUCACAUGACUCGCUUGCAGUGGAUAUCGUCCCUCCAAAUCGCGGCGGACCACAGCGGCAACCCGCUCAGCUACCAGCGGCAGCUAGCUGCGAAACGCCGCCAGCAAAGACAAGGCAGAAUCCAGGAGAUGAUACGCGCGAGGGCGCAGCUUCAAAAGGAACGCACCGCGAGGGUCGCAGCUGAAGGGCAGGCUAAAGAGCUCGAAGCUGUCGUGCGGGCGGACGUUAUGAAGCUGAGCGAGUUGGAGCAGGUCAAGGGGAAGCUGGAGAAGCUCUUGGAGGAGGAGACGCAAGCCAAACGCGACGAGGAGAUCGUCAGGGCGUUGCAGGCGCGAGUUUUGGCCGAGGAGUGGGAGAAGCGGGAGGAGUUGGAGAGGUUGCAGGAGGAGCAGAAGCAGUUGCUGGAGGAGGAAAGGGGGAAGCGAAAGGAGUACGAGGAGCUUCAAAUUUACAAGGAGAAAGAGCUAAUGAGUGCAAAGUCACGGCUAAUUCAGCUGGAAAAGGAACGUGAAGCGUUGGAUGAGCAACUGAAGCUGGCUACAGAGAAAGCAAGGCGUAGUGAAGACAAAAAAGAGCUACUUGAAGCUAAAUUGCUUCAAGUCUCGCCGCAAUUUCGGGAUAACGAUAGGGUCAGAAGAGCCCACUCCUUCAUGCCCAGUACUAAAGAAAAACCCAUUGUUUUGGAAGUUAGAUCUGCCACAUUAAGAAAAAAAGAUAAGUAAUGUACCAAUAAAUUUUUACACUCUAUGCUGACUUUUUAUCCCCCGAACUCUUUACUUUCCCUCUCUUUUUUUUCUUUAACGAUUUUCUAGCAACAUAUUCC